CAUAAUAAUAAACAUGUUUUGACAAAAAUGUUAAAAAAUUGAUUUAUCUCGUUUUGCAACGAAACUCUUCAUAUAUAUAUCAGUACUAAAAGUUUGGACACACUCACUCGUUCUUAAUUUAUACAUUAUUCCAUAUACCAUAAUAAUAAUAAACUCAUCCAAACUGUGGCAUAACACAAAUGCAACGUUGGAAAUUAUGUUGAUGACUAAAAGCAUUCAAAAUAAACCAAAACUCUGUUAUAUUUUAUUAUUGGAAGUGCAUUCACCCUUUGCCUAGAAAUUGUUGAACCGUAUGUGUGUCAUUUUUUAAGAAGCUUCUUAAAUUUUAAAUUUAGGAUGAAUUUUAAAGAGUAUAAUUUUUAAGAUCAUAGUUAACAUUUUAGUCAAGUGUGUCCAAACUUUUGGCCUGUACUGUAUAUAACAGAACUGAAAAUGAUUGCAUGUUGGCUGUCUUUGUUAGAGGUGCAUCAUCCUUUUUAUUAAACCCUAAUAAGUUUUCAUGAAACUUUGAUGGUUUCAGACACACCUACACUAUGCUUUUUACCAGCCACAUCUUUAGAGGUAGUGAAGCACCUCCUUGUUCUAAACAGUUACAUGUUAUUCUUAUUGUGCGCCACCGCCCUGCCCACUUUAUCCAAAGCUUUGCAUUUCAUAAAACGUGUCAGAACCGUUCAAGCUGAGAAAAUGAGUUUUAAUUAUUCUGACUACACUGAAGACGAUUUAAAAUCACUAUAUGAAAAUUUUCCGGAACCAUGUUCAGGGGAGAAGAAACGGCACGUAGAGCAGUACCUUCAGCUAAUCAUUCACCCCAUCAUUUGCUUUGUUGGUUUUGUCGGCAACAGCCUGGUGAUUUUGACGUACGCCCUCUACAAGCGAACCAAGUCCAUGACAGAUGUAUACCUGCUGAAUGUGGCACUCGCUGACAUCCUGUUUGUGGUCGCUCUGCCUUUGAUCAUCUACAGUGAGCAGAGCAACUGGGCCAUGGGGAACUGGUCUUGUAAGCUGCUGCGUGGUGUUUACAGUAUAAACCUUUACAGUGGCAUGUUACUCUUGGCUUGCAUUAGCGGAGAUCGCUACCUUGCCAUCGUGCAGGCCCGCAGGUCUUUCCGGCUGCGCUCUAGAACAUUGAUUUACAGCCGAUUGGUCUGUGUAGUGGUCUGGUUACUGGCCCUGAUCCUGUCCCUUCCCACCUUCAUAUUUUAUGAACGUUAUCAUCCUUCCCCUUCGGAAUUCGUUAGUGUAUACGAAAAUGAAACUUUUGAUGCACCGACACAAUAUGUGUGCUUUUUCAGAUUCGAUUCCAAUGAAACGGCGCGCUUAAUAAAAACGGCAGUGCCCAGUUUUCAAGUGGGAGCUGGUUUCUUCCUACCCCUUCUGAUCAUGAGUAUCUGUUAUACCAGUGUCAUCGUCACCCUCCUUCAGGCCAAGAACUUUCAAAGACACAAAGCAGUGCGUGUAGUUCUCACUGUGGUCCUUGUGUUUUUGGCUUGCCAUAUGCCUUACAAUGUAGCGCUGUUAUAUAAUACCAUUACCAUGUUUAGUCCUCAGGAAUGCAGUCAUGAAGAGGCCGUAGAGUUGACCAUGAUUAUAACAGAAAGCCUGGCCUACCUGCACUCUUGUCUUAACCCCCUGCUGUAUGCCUUUAUCGGGGUGAAUUUCAGAAACCAUUUCCGUAAGAUCCUCCAAGACAUCUGGUGCUUGGGGAAGAACUACAUGUCUGCACGGCGGACCUCACGUGUCACCUCUGAAAUGUACAUUUCCACACGUCGGUCUGUUGAUGGCUCUAACAAUGAAUAUGGCACUUCAUUUACAAUGUGAUAUGGCACUGUGCAUGCAGAACAUUUUGAUAUGUGGAAUCAUUUUUUAUUUGUAAAAACAGCAGUGUGAAAAGUGUACUGUUUACUCUUCUUUAUCUUUAUUUUUUAUUGUAUUUAGUACUAAUGUUAAUUCCCUUUUUUUACUUCCCCCACCUAUAUGCAUAUUUUAUCUCAAUAAAUCAGGCUAAAUAUUAUGACAAUAUGCAAAAUAGGGAAGAUAAUGUGUAAUCGCAUCUAUGCAGUCUGUUGAUGCUAUUAUAUCAUAGCAACAUUUAUUUUAUCACCUGAAAGGUUUAAGCCUGUGUUUCUGUACACUGUAAAAAUUUUGAGUUAUUUCAAUUAGUUAACUCAAAAAAUAAUUGUAUAAAAGGCGCUAUAGAAAAUAAAGUUUAUUAUUAUUAUUAUUAUAAAAUGUUGUGUAAACUUAAAUGUUAAAUGUUGUGUUUAUUUUUUUCAGUGCACAAACCAAAGCAUUUUCCUGGCUUACUUAACAAUUUAUGUAAGUUUUACAUGAUUGACCUACACUGUAAAAAAAUCAGUAGAAAUUACAGUAUUACUGGGUAUUACUGGCAACUAGCUGCAAGUAACUUACUGUAGAUUUUACAUUUAUGUCAUUUACUAGCAACAGUUUGUUCAAAGUUAAAUGAACAUGAAACAUUUUCAGUCUUAGCUGCAUAAUUACAGCAAUUUUUGUAUU